AUGUCGCUUCUUGGAAGCUAUAAAGCCCGCAUCACCAAGGCCGCCAAAGCACUUCGUGAGAAGAUCUCGGAAGUCGACGAGGCCAUCCUACAACCGUUGGAUCCUGCUGCGGAGGCAAGUAAGGAUCCUCACUUUAUUUUGAGUCAUAAGAGUUUACUUUAUUUGAGAUUUACUUUGAUUGAUCGUGCUGUUGCGCAUCUCCGCGCCCAGAGAGAGAAAGCCGAAGAGUUUGCUCGUCAAAAUCCUGACGAGCAGGGCGAGUUUCCUUUCCUUCACCAGAUCCAGAGUCAUUGGGACGCUGGUGAACUGGAUCAACUCGUGGAGGAGGCUGACACUCUUCACGCUCGUCUUGAUAUUGCGAUCAAACUCUUACCGAGCUCGGAAGCUUUGUUUUCCAUUCGUACUCCGGUUGUUCCUCCCUCUUUCUCUUCUGUUAAUUUUUCACCUCAUCCGACCCAAGACCCUGCGACCGAUCAGCCCGCGCAGGAUGCAAGAGCGGAAAUCGCGAGCCACUCUUCAUCUAAGGAUCAGGAUCGUUCAUCAGAACCUGACCUUGUCGCGCCAGCUGAUACGCUGCCACCGCGCGCUUCAAGCGCUACCCAGGGAUUCGGCGUUCCCCCCAAUCACCCCCCAAACCCCCCAACUUUUGGUAACCCCUUCAUUACCUCUUCUUGCCCCCAGUCGAAUCCAUUCGCAGCAUCGGCUGCUCUCCCCAACCCUACUUCUACCCAAUCUUCGGUGGAACAAUCGUUGAAGCUACCGAGCUUCGAGAUUCCGACUUUUCACGGCGACAUCGACAGUUUUUACGAGUUUUGGGACCUUUUUUCUACGGCCGUGCACAAUAACACCAGUGUACCAGUGCCAGUUAAGUUCAUGUACUUGAAGUCCCAUCUACGUGGACCCGCCGCGAACAUCAUCGCCGGCUUUCAAUCAACGGUUGAGAAUUACGAUGACGCAGUACGUAUCCUAACCAACACGUAUGGUCGCCCGGAGAUCCUACGCAAUAAGCUAUGGGACAAGCUCUUGCAGUUACCACCUGCCUCAGAGUCGCCGCAGUCACAACGCGCGACACUUUGUGCUGUAAGAGCCACGUGGACCCAGCUUCAACAUCUCAAAGAGGACUCUAGUGCGAUAGGCACACUUAGGAUCAUUCGUGCCAAGUUUCCUCGGCGUACUCGUGAGAGAAUUGGCGAAUUUAAGAAUAAGGGAGAUCCGAUGUGGACAGUAGAUGAGUUGCUUAAUACGUUGGACACCAUCAUCGAUAGAUUGGAGAACAUAGAGGACGCAGACCCUUCGGACUAUCACUCCUACAAUUCUCAAUCAGUUGUUCGUCAAUACUCUCUUUCUCCCCGUAGAUAUCCGAGCGAGAAUCGGACAGGUGAAGCGUUUACGCGCUAUCGUACACCAUCGCGAUCAAAGCGUUCGCCGUCGCGCUCGCUGUCCCCUCGCAGUAGACAUGAGAGAUCAUCAUCACCCCACUACCCUAGGCGCGCGUCGUACAGCCCUACUAGAUCGCGACGUGGAGCACCAUCUGAUGUGCAGUGUGCCUUCUGUCACAACUUUGGACAUCUACCAGACCGCUGUAGAACCAUCCCGGAUGCUAGGCAGCGAAGAGUGUUUGUCAGUCGUCAUAAGCUUUGUUGGUUGUGUUUGCAACCUGACCAUACUUACAUUGACUGUGACGAGCCUCUUUGUCCAUAUUGUAGCAAGAUACAUCAUAGGUCACUCUGCCUCGAAACUUUAUCCGUACCGCGAUCGCCAAGUCCAUCGCCUAGGCAACGUUAUCAGGACUCGCAUAGAUCCCAAUCGCCAAGACGUGUUCAAUUUUCUGAGGAAGCCUAUAGACCGUCAUCUCGUACAAGCACCCGUGCAUCUUCGCGCGGUUUUCAGUCCAGGUCACCACCACCAUCUAAGAAUAGGUUUUCUCCUACACCAUCUAGGCGUACUUCACUAUCGCGAAGGUCGCGCAGUCCUACGUCCGCAGUACACAGCGCUAACUGUGCCCUUGACGUGCAUGGAACUACCAAUGAUACACGAUCUGACUCUCCUGACGAUCAUUCUCCAGCUCGCACGGAUGUGCAUCCGCCUUCUUCUUGUACAUCUGUCUGUCAUGAUCAGUCAACACCUCAGGAGCCCCGCCUAAUGGUAGUCCACGCCGUAACUAGGAAUCAUAAGACCAACAAGAGCGAACUACUCACGGUGUUCUUGGAUAGUGGUUCGCAGUAUAGCUUUAUUUGCACCGCGUUGGCCAAACAUCUGGGCCUUUUAUUCAGGAAUACCAGGACUAUCACUACUCUGACGUUCGGAGGACAUCAGUAUACGGAAGAAUCGUCAGAGGUCACUCUUACACUUUGGGACCAAUACGACUACCCGAUCCAACUCGAGCUAUGGACGCGCGAGAAGAUCACGACAGUCCCACGGACUAAUAACUGUUACGACAGCACCAUCGUCGAUCCUGCAGAUAGAGUGGAAGUUGACGUGCUUUUAGGAAUAGACAACUAUUGGCGUGUUGUAGAUCUGCACAGGAAUGAGAAGUUACCAUCAGGACUCAUCCUGUCGCACACAAGGUUCGGACCAGUUUUAUCUGGCAUACAGCACCCGGUUGUUUCUAACACCCUUUCAACUAUCCACAAUUUCUCGGACGAAGACGAGCCAGAGAGCGAACGAUCAAUACGUAGCUUUCUCGGCCUCGACGUACUCGGAUUAGACGAAGGCGAAGAUGUGGAUGCCGACGUCAUCAGGCAGUUUUAUAGCAAGAUAGAGGCCAUUCUCAACACCAGACCUCUUUUUCCGGUGAAUUCAUCCGAUCCGGAUACGAAUGUGGCCAUAAGACCUAUCGACUUGAUUACUUCGGAUUUUCAAGUGGCACGUUUGACCGGCAAUAUACCUCAGAAGAUCGCUAACGCAUCGAGCGAAAGUUAUCGAGCGCUCCGUACGCGCUACAAGUCCCUACAGGAAGACUUAGACCAUUUCUGGCAACUUUGGCAGACGGAAUAUCUCGACGCUUUGGCUCAAAGACAAGUCAUACGCACGAACGGUCAGUCUAGCAAGAAACCACCCCGAGUAGGAGAAGUAGUGCUCGUCAAACAGGACGCGCAUCGAUCAACGUGGCCACUAGCACUCAUUCUGGAACUUUACACUUCAUCUGAUGGCAAUAUUAGAUCAGCCAAGAUUAGGACUGCCAAAAAGAAGAUAUUGGAACGUUCAAUCAACCAUCUGGUACCCCUGGAGAUAGUGGCAGAUGAGGAGACCAUCCCGGAGCGAGGUUACGAACAGCACGUUGCAGUAAAGGAUACCCUUCGUGGAACAUCUAAAGAGUGA